AUGGAGUUCUGCACACGAAUUGCUAAUCAGCUGAUGCUAAAGCAGAUUCAAAACCCUGUAGGCAAGAACAUAGUCUCUUCCCCACUAUCUAUCAAUGCGGUUUUGAAUAUGGUGGCAGCAGGUGGUGGUGGUAGAUCCUCUGAAAUCAUCGGCAAUGGUCCGAUUUUGACCAUGGUCAACCAAGCUUGGUCCGAUCUUGACCAUGGUCAACAGAGCUUGGCUGAUCAAGUUGCAGAUGAAAUUAACUCAUGGGCUAAUAUUACAUCAAGAGAUCUUAUCAAAGAGAUUCUCCAACAUGGGUCCAUAGAUCCCAAGACAGUACUCAUCCUUGCAAAUGGACUCUACUUUAAAGGAUUUUGGGACUCUGACUAUAAAUUUGAUGCAAGGAGGACUAAAAAAAGAAAAUUCUAUCUUCUCGAUGGGAGCAUUAAUUGCCUACCCAACAAUUUUUCCAUGUACUUUUUUCUCCCGGAUGAGCGAGAUGGGUUGCAAAAUCUUGUUGGGAAGCUCAAUUUGGAUUUUGGGUUUCUAUGCCAAGAGUACUUCAAAUUAACAGAAGAGACACUUGAUGAAUUUUGGAUUCCGAAAUUCAAAUUCUCGUUCAAUUUUAAUGUUUUAGAGGUCAUGAAUUCGGACAUGGGGGUACCGUUUUCUAGAAUUUUGAAUCUGAGAGACUUGUCCAGGUUGAUACAUAAUACUAAGAAAGUCGAAGCCUUAAUCUUAAAGAUGUUUCAAAAAGCUUAUAUUGAGGUAGAUGAGAAGGGCACAGGGGCUGCAGCUAUUACUCAUCUCCACUUUGUUGCAUAUUGUGCAACGUCUCGGUCAGAAAAUAAGAGAUACAAUUUCGUUGUUGAUCAUCCUUUCGUAUUCAUGAUUAGGGAAGAGAGAUCGGAUUGUUUUUGUGUUGAGGAACAAUUGGAAUUUGAUUGUUUUAAGUUCAAACUGCACUCCAGUGGCACCACUAGCACUGCGUUUGCCUUUGCCAGCACAAUUGCCUGCGUGACAAUUAGGGAGUUCAGCUGCAUGAUGAUUGAAGAGCAAAAAUCGACAUGA